UUGCAGAAUUCUGGCAUACUAGAGAGAGAAACUAGUGAGGACAGUCGUGAGCGUCGUAUUAAUGCUGGUGACAGGAAACGUCUGAAUGAAUUGAAACGAGAUGCACGAUUUGAAGUGAAGAAGCGAAAAGUGCUAAAACCGGAAGCGCAUUUUGAUUCAAUAAUGGAUUCUGAAGGUGGUCCUUCUCUUAUGGAUAAUGUUCAAACCAUUGAGUUUUACAUGAAGAAUCGUGAAGGUGGCAUUCGAAGCAUUCUAAAAUCUCAUCGUCUCAAUGACGCCACCUCUUCGGUAUUGAAAUUUGUUGUCACCGCUGCGGUCCAUCCACAAUAUGCGAUUCUUGACCAGUACAAUUCGUACAAGGUUGGCAAUGAACUGUUUGCGCACACUCGAAAAAAGCCUUUUGCGGCACUGCAUCCAAACAGUUGUUUGGCACUUCUUCCGGACGCUUUGAAUUAUGAUCGUGGUCCUUCUCUUAUGGAUAAUGUUCAGACCAUUGAGUUUUACAUGAAGAAUCGUGAAGGUGGCAUUCGAAGCAUUCUAAAAUCUCAUCGUCUCAAUGACGCCACCUCUUCGGUAUUGAAAUUUGUUGUCACGGCUGCAGUCCAUCCACAAUAUGCGAUUCUUGAUCAGUACAAUUCGUAUAAGGUUGGCAAUGAACUGUUCGCACAUACUCGAAAAAAACCUUUUGCGGCACUGCAUCCAAACAGUUGUUUGGCACUUCUUCCGGACGCUUUGAAUUAUGAUCGUAGUGAUAAGGGUCUCUCGCGUUAUCAUCAGCUGAUAUCCUUUGCUUCAUUCAUAGAGACAACAAAACCCUACAUUUGCAACAGCAUGCGUGUGCAUUGUUCAGAGGAGGAUCACUCAAUUAUCUGUGAUGACUUUAUAAGCUACAAAUUUCCGCGAACUACUGAUUUUUUCAUAGUUGUGCAACGAGUAUCUGAAGCUCGCUUGCAACUUGCAAAAGCAUUCCGACAACGAAUCGAAGGCGAUUUUUCCAGUGGUCAUGAACUUGCCAAAACUAUCGUAUCCUUCUUGCGUCUGGACGUAGAAUACAUGUUAGUUUUUUGUGCGUUUUGUGCUGUGUAACA